GUCACCGCGUCCGCCACCAUGCGCGCCGACGCCGAGGUGCAGUCGUCUGGACGUGCGUCCCCCAGGACCCGGCGGCCGCCCCGAGUCCAGCCGUCGACGCCGCGUUACUGGGUGGUGCUGGGUGCUGUGGCGGUGCUCGUCACCACGGCCACCACGGCCUCGGCUCUGAGCACGGUGUCGGCGCCGGGCGCACCGCCCUCUGCCUCUGACCGGCCACCGGCCUCGGCGUCGAAGACCUCGGCGUCGACGACUUCGAGGCCCACGACGACGACGUCCUCGUCGUCCACACCUUCGGGGUCCACGACCUCCGCCACCGUGAGCCCCAACGCCGUGAACAAGGACCGACGCUCCAGGCCGAUGCCGAUAUCGAAAGCGAAGCCACACAUCGUAUUCGUCCUCGCCGACGACCUGGGCUGGAACGACGUGGGCUUCCACGGCUCCAGCCAAAUCCCGACGCCCAACAUCGACGCGCUGGCGUACUCGGGCCUCAUCCUCAACAACUACUACGUGACGCCCAUCUGCACGCCGACGCGGGCGGCGCUCAUGACGGGGAAGUACCCCAUCCACACCGGCAUGCAGCACACCGUGCUGUUCGGCGCCGAGCCCCGCGGCCUGCCGCUGUCCGAGGUGCUGCUGCCCGAGUACCUGCGCGCCCAGGGCUACGACUGCCGCAUCGUGGGCAAGUGGCACCUGGGCCACUACCGUCGCGAGUACACGCCCACCAGGAGGGGCUUCCGGUCGCACCUCGGGCCCUGGACCGGCCACCACGACUACUUCGACCACACCGCCGUGGAGAGGCCGUACUGGGGCAUGGACAUGCGCCGCGACCUGCGGCCUGCCUGGGACCUGCACGGCCGCUACUCCACCGACGUGUUCACGGAGGAGGCGGAGCACAUCGUGUCGACGCACAACGCGUCCACGCCGCUGUUCCUGUACCUGGCGCACGUGGCGCCGCACUCGGGCAACCCGUACAACCCGCUGCCCGCGCACGACAAGGACGUGGCCAAGCACGACGCCAUCCCGGACUACAACCGGCGGCGCUACGCGGCGAUGGUGAGCCGCGUGGACGAGUCGGUGGGCCGCGUGGUGGAGGCGCUGCGCCGCCGGAACAUGCUGCGCAACUCCAUCAUCGUCUUCAGCACGGACAACGGCGGCCCGGCGGAGGGCUUCAACCUCAACGCCGCGUCCAACUGGCCUCUGCGUGGGGUGAAGCACACGCUGUGGGAGGGCGGCGUGCGCGGCGCGGCGCUGCUCUGGUCGCCGCUGCUGGCGCGGCCUGGCCGCGUCUCCCGUCAGCUCAUGCACGUCACCGACUGGCUGCCCACACUGUACCGCGCGGCGGGGGGAGACCCCGGUGCCCUGGCCGGCCUGGACGGAAUGGACGUGUGGGACGCGCUGUCCUUCGACCUGGACUCCAACAGGACGAGCGUGCUGCACAACAUCGACGACAUCUACGGCGUCGCCGCCAUCACCAUGGCGCCGUGGAAGAUAGUCUCGGGCGCCACCUACAACGGCACCUGGGACGGCUGGUACGGCCCUUCCGGCCGCGACGACCCCUCUCCGCGGCCCUACGACGCGUCCGCCGUGAUGGCCAGCAGCGCGGGCAAGGCGGCGGCCUCGGUGGGCCUGGGCCUCACCGCGGACCAGGUGAUGAGCCUGCGCGAGCUGGCCGAGGUGCAGUGCGGCGCCGAGGAGGCCCCCGACGGCCCCGACGCCGCGUGCACCCCGCUGCAGGCGCCCUGCCUCUUCAACGUGGCCACGGACCCGUGCGAGCGACGGAACCUGGCGCACAGGUUCCCGGCGGUCCUGCAGCACAUGAUGCAGGUCCUGCGCGAGGUGAACGCGACCGCCGUGCCGCCGGGCAACCUCCCCUGGGACCCCAAGGCGGACCCGCAGCUCUGGGACCACACCUGGACCAACUUCGGCGACGUCGAGUCCCGGGCACAGCCGGAGUCCCGCAUCGUUGUGCAGUAGGACCUAAAGGACGCGUACUUACACAGACAGCGGUUCUCAUCCAUAAGUCACUCAUGUCAUUCAUCUUGCUCUGCCUCUUUCGAAAAAAUAAUAAACCAUUGGCUGUGA